GGCGGGGCGCGGCGACGGGGCGCGGCAGGCUCCCUCGGGGUCCCAGCUGGCGGGCACUCGGCGGCCGCGGCGCGAUGGAGGCGCCGGCCGAGCUGCUGGCCGCGCUGCCUGCGCUGGCCACUGCGCUGGCCCUUCUGCUCGCCUGGCUACUGGUGCGGCGUGGGGCGGCCGCGAGCCCGGAGCCUGCCCGCGCGCCCCCGGAACCCGCGCCCCCGGCCGAGGCCACCGAGGCCCCGGCGCCGUCCCGCCCCUGCGCCCCCGAGCCGGCGGCCUCGCCCGCGGGGCCGGAGGAGCCUGGAGAGCCCGCGGGGCUGGGGGAGCUCGGGGAGCCUGCGGGACCGGGGGAGCCCGAAGGGCCAGGGGAUCCCGCGGCGGCGCCAGCGGAGGCGGAGGAGCAGGCGGCGGAGGCGAGGCAGGAAGAGGAGCAGGACUUGGAUGGUGAGAAGGGGCCAUCAUCGGAAGGGCCUGAGGAGGAGGACGGAGAAGGCUUCUCCUUCAAAUACAGCCCCGGGAAGCUGAGGGGAAACCAGUACAAGAAGAUGAUGACCAAAGAGGAGCUGGAGGAGGAGCAGAGAGUUCAGAAGGAACAGCUGGCUGCCAUCUUCAAGCUCAUGAAAGACAACAAGGAGACGUUUGGCGAGAUGUCCGACUGCGAUGUGCAGGAGCAGCUCCGGCUCUACGACAUGUAGACUGCGCCCACGGGAUGCACAGCGGCCAUGCCUGACGCUGUCCCCACCCUUGCCCCAUGCCCUUGUUCUUUCCAGACUUCUGUAGGCCUAAUUUUCCCUUAUAAACGUAGAUGCAGGCGUACAUUCUAUAGGUACUUGCCGAGUUCUUGCAAUGUGUAUAUUACUUUGCAGGAAUCAAAAUUGUUUUAUUCAGAAGACAAAGUCCCUGACCCCUCUGGUUUCUGCUUGCUGGUGAGGUUCCAGCUGUUAUUGGGCUCUGAGGCCCUCUCCUGAUCCAAAUCUUUUUUUGUUUGUUUGAGAUGGAGUCUCACUCUGUCUCCCAGGCUGGAGUGCAGUGGCAUGAUCUUGGCUCACUGCAACCUCCACCUCCCUGAUUCAAGCGACUCUCCUGCCUCAGCCUCCCGAGUAGCUGGGAUUGCAGGCAUGCACCAUCACACCUGGCUAAUUUUGUAUUUUUAGUAGAGACAGCGUUUUGCCAUGCUGGCCAGGCUCGUCUCGAACUCCUGACCUCAGGUGAUCCGCCCACCUUGGCCUCCCAAAGUGCUGGGAUUACACGCGUGAGCCACCAUGCCCGGCCAAUACUACACUCUUAUUCUGCCUUACGAGGAUUUCUGGAAGCUUCUGUAACUGUAGGGAAGAAAGCUGUAGGGGAGCAUUCUUGGUUGUUUUGUUUUGUUUUUUGUUUUUGUUUUUGUUUUUGAGACGAGGUCUCACUGUCACCCAGGCUGGAGUGCAGUGGUGCCAUCAUGACUCACUGCAGCCUUGACCUCCCAGGCGCACAAAAUCCUCCUCUCAGCCUCAGUAACUGGGACUACAGGUGUGUACCACUACAUCCAGCUAAAGGAGAGCAUUUUUUUCUUUUCCUUUUUGAGACAGAGUCUCACUCUGGCGCCUGGUCACUGUGCCCUUCACCUUCUGGGUUCAAGUGAUUCUCCUGCCUCAGCCUCCCUAGUAGCUGGGAUUACACGCAUGCACCACCAUACCCAGCUAAUUUUUGUAUUUUUAGUAGAGAUGGAGUUUCACCAUGUUGGCCAGGCUGGUCUGGAACUCCUGACCUCAGGUGAUCCACCUGCCUCGGCCUCCCAAAGUGCUAGGAUUACAGGCGUGAGCCACCAUGCCCAGCUGGGAGCGUUCUUUCAGCAAAAAGUCUAAUUCAGAGACUCACCUUCCAUCCUGGCACUAAACAAUAGUACUAGAGGUAAGAUCUGCCAAGAAUUUCUCUCACUUAAGCAGGAUACUUACUUUAAAUAUAAUUAGGCAAGACUUAUUUGAGUACUUGCCUAAUUGUAUUUAAUUAGAACUAUGCUGGAUGCUGUAGACAGAAGAAAUAAAAUAACUCAACUUGGUCCCUACCUUUCAGCAGGUUAAAGGCCUUUAGGGAAGAAAAGCCUGUGUGCAGGGAAAGAGAACCUCACCAGAAAGUAUUCAAUAAAAUGCCAAAGUGAUCUUACAGAACAGUGCCUGUGACACCGGAGGGGAUUGUUCUGUCUUUGUGAGUGAACAUACAAUGAUGGGGAUAACCGGUCCUUCAUACCAUGCAGGUCCCAUUUCUGAUCACCCCACUGGCAGGACAAUUCACAGUUCUUCAGCAAACUGAGUUAGGGAGGGUAUGCUAGCGACAGAACCUAUGCAAGUUCUUAGAAAUAGUUUUUGUUUGCUGAAAUAAAGCUCAAUCAACACACUACCUUAAAAAAAGUGGAGCAGUGGCAUUUCCAUGCCUCAUGCUCACCAUCAUGAGGUUAACUUCCCGCCGUCGCCUCUUGCCUGCCAGGGGUUUUUCGGGAGCCCCUCUCUGUUCCACUCUGAUUCCUUUUGUUUCUUUGCUGACCAUUCACUCUCUGUGUCUGUUGUUGGAUCCAAAUAUGAGUGUUUUUCUUUCUUUUUGUGGUCAGUGCUUUUUUCCUUCUUGAAAUUGUUUUAAUGUGUUUUGUCAAAAGCAUUUAACCAUGUUAUGAUUUAAGAAUUCUCUGUUCACUUGAGGUCAGGAGUUCAAGACCAGCCUGACCCAUAUGGCAAAACCCUGUCUCUACUAAAAAUACAAAAAUUAGCCAGGCUUGGUAGCACACGCCUGUAAUCCCAGCUACUCAGGAGACUGAGGCAGGAGAAUCGCUUGAACCCAGAAGGCGGAGGUUCCAGUGAGCCAUCGCGCCACUGCACUCUAGCCUGGGUGACAGAGCAAGACUCUGCCUCAAAAAAAAAAAAAAAAAAAUUAUUUGUUCUGUCUCAGGUCUUAGGGACCCCUUACCUCAGCUAAUGUCUCUGUCCCCUAAAUGCACAUCGGUGGGCAGGGCAAACUCGUAGGUGCCCUUAUCCCUCCCAAGGCUGCGCUGCAAAGCUCCUGUGUCUCCAUUGCCCACUUUCUUCUCCCUCUUCUUUCUUUUCUGAUCAUACCAAACAGGAAUGACUCGUGUACUUGAGUCAAAAUCCUGGAACAACUCCAGGCCCAGAAUGGUCGGAGCUCAAGCUGCAGUUCUCUUAGCUCAGUCUUCCUCGUACUGUGGGCUUUUAUUGGAGACUGGCUCUCCUCAUGGUGGCAAGAUGGCUGCAGGAGUUCAGGUAUCUCAUCCAGAAGCAAGAAAAGGGCAUGUCUUGCUUGCGUCUCUAGGCGUAAGGGAACUGGUCCAGAUGUCCCCGCCCCACAUCCCUUCAGAUCCCAAUUGGCCAGAAUAUGGCAUGUGCCCAUGUUUCAACCAAUCAUGGGCAAGGACAUGGGACCAGCAUGAUUGGCCUAGACCCCUGGAGCCUGGGGCUGGGCCCAGCAUCCCCUGAAUACAUGGCCAUCUGGAGGAGGAGGUAACUGAAUUUAAUUGGGGAUCUGUGAUAAAAGGGAGCAUGGGUGUCGGGGAGACACCUGUUCCAGUUGAGUUUCCUAUGAGGUCCAGGACAGGGCUUGGUGGGCACUCGGAAGCCAGUGUCUGAAGUGCUCAGCAUCCUCCUCUUCCUCGGUGGUGGGUGUCCACCGCCCAGGCCCCACCCCUGGCCUUGGACACUUCAUGGAAACACUGCUGGUUUGCUGUGGUGUUGGGUGGCUCCUAUCUAUUCCCCGUAAGUGCUGGCCUCUGUUGACACCAUUUCUGCCACCUCAUCUGAGAUUGUUCUCAUCAGCUCACAGAGAUUCAUUUCAGUGAAUGAACCAAAUCUAAGCUAAAAAGCACAAAGGAGGGGAAAAAGAAACAGCAGUGUGGGAGAAAGAGCGCAAACACCAAGAGAAAGAUGUCUACCUGGCAGCCAUGUCAGAGAAUCACCAGUAUGUAUGUCACUGCCACCAAGAACCUAAGAGCCACAGAGGCCUACAGAAGCCAAUCCCAAUGGAACUCUCUGGGUGUGGGGGUUGAGAGAACCUAAAGCAUUCAGGUGCACAGAGCCUCUUUCCAGCGAUGGGAACCAGUCUCAAAGCCUUUGCAUCUCUCCCCUGCCCUCCCUCCAUCACUGCUGAGAACCCUGCCCCAGGCUGGCCUGCCUACAUGACACAAAUAGCAGCGGACUGUCACUCGUCAGUAUCUGCAGUUCUGUUUACCAAAGCCUGCUUGCUAGAGACUUUUCAGGGCCUCCUUCCCUCAAAGCGUCCACUGUACCUCCAUCUGGAUACAAUUAGCUGGCUCCCCACUUCCUGGACUGACAGUAACCACCUUUUCCAAUGACCCUGAAGAAAACAUGCAAUCUAAGGUGCUUUACGAGUAACCUACAACUGAGGACAAAUUUUCUAUCACCUCCCAGUACCCCUCUCUGCCGUGGCUGAUUUGUUACUGGUUUUCCUUUUUUUUUUUUAAUUUGAAAAUGUAAGUAAUUAUACUAAGACCAGAUCACUCUGAGAUGGUUUUAUUCUAAUUUGUCCUAAGGACCUGCCUGUACUUGGAGCCUGAUAGAAAGCCCAAGUUGAUCUACUGGGCAGCUCUCUGGGCCUGGAAGGAAGAGCACACAACAAGACUUCAACAGUGAGCCUGGCUAGGUCCAGGCAGACCAUGAUUUCUGAAAGCAACAGCAUGGUCCACAUGGAAUCAGGCUGCUGAUGAACAGCAGCGAGAGGCUGCCUCUGAAUCAUAUCUGCAGGGUCACCUGCGCCCGGUGGAGGCCCACAGUCAUCCAUUAGACCCCAGUACCCUAUGUGGGAGUGUCCACGUCUAGUCUCUACUUCUCACUGCAGGAGAGGGGGCAGAUAAGGAGGUUUCCUACUUUAAAGAAGGUAGAAGUUGUUUCCUUUCUUCCCUCCUCACAGCCUUGAGGGGGAGGUUGUGCCCAGCCUGACAGCAGCUGCCUUGCCCAAGAUUACAUCCUGUUCUGGGGGCAGCCCGCCUCCAAACCAAGUCACUAGUGGGGUACAAAGGCCUGCCCUCUCUGCCAAAAGGCAGGUGCUGAUGGACCAUUCCAGUUCUAGAGUUCCCAAAGAGACGUCUUUUUGGAGAGGGGCGGGGUACCAGAAAUCCUUCACUCAGGCUAUAGCACGGCCUCCAGUUAUAAGUAACUUGAGGCCCACCCAGCCAAACAUGCCUUUCCAGGUCUAGUGCUGGGUUCCAGAACAGGAAGCCUGGCAAAUUCCUACUGCCACAGAUUCUUUUUACUAUUAUUAUUGUCACCUUAUUUUUCUUUUGGUGGAACCCCUCUAGGGCUUCCACCAGAUUCUCCACCAUUUAUGCUAUCAAUUUUAUCAGUUUUGGUUUUAUCGUUUCAGUGCUUCUUUUUGCUAACGGUAGCAGCCAAUAUACAUCAUCUCUGGAGACAGAUCACGCCAUAGAAAAUAUUGUCGUUUUCCUCAUUUUUCUUAACGCCACAGAGUCAGCUGGGCUGUAGUACCAGCCCGGAUGUACCAGUUUACUCAGCCACUCCCCCUCUCAUGGACAUCUGCAUGGUUUCCAGUCUUGCAAAUUCAUACAGUGCCACUACAAAUAAAACCUUGCGCGUAUGCUGUUUUCAUAUUUGUGCAAGUUUACUUUCAGAGUAGAUUCUAGAGGUGGGUUGCGGGUCAAAGGUAAAUUUGCACUCCCUCCCAACAAUGCAGGACAGAUCAGGUUCCUGUAUUGUCCUUAACAGCGUACCUCGCUUGUUAAACUUUUGGAUUUUUGACAAUCUGAUGGAUCAGAAGCCUUAGCUCAGUGAGGUUUUCGUUUGCAUCCUUCUGAUUAUGAAAAAGGCUGAGCACCCACUUAAAUGUUUAGGGGCCCCUUGCAUUUUUUUUUCCUGUAAACUGUCCAUUCAUGUCUUGUCCCAUUUUCUACUGAAUACCAUCCAUUAAAUCUC